AUGUCAUCUCUGACUGGAAGAGGAGAGAGAUAUCCUGCCUCCAUCAGCGCAGCGCACUGGGGCUCAGAAGUGCAGCAUCACUGUGAACAAGUCAGUUUUCCUGCAAAAGAGAAGCAAACCAAGGAGCGUCCCACUCCUGAGGGCUCCCGGAGCGACCCACAGCAGCGGAAUAUGUGCCAAAGAGCGCACGAUGUCCCGUCCUACAAGUCGCUGCCCGGAGCCGUAGGAGACCGCAUCAGGAUGUCGUUCGGCGGCGGGACUCUGUGCAGAGGCUCCGCGUCGGUGAAUCCGGGCUUCGGGAGGUCCGAUCGGAAAGUUGGCUGUUGCGAGAAGUGCUCGGCGACCCUUGUUGCUCUGAAGAAACAGGCGCUGAGUCUGGCUGUUCACCAUCACUUCUCCUGCAAGGACUCAAGUGAUCUGUCAGCAUUUCUUCACGACAACCUCCGUGUCCAUGGUCGGUCCACAGACUUCAGGGAAAGAGAGAGGGAGCAGGGCGAGUGUGGAGUGUGUGGUACGAACCUGAACCAGCUCAAACAGGAGGCCGUCCACCUGGCUCUGAGCCGGGGUCAGUCAUUAGCUAAGCCUCCUUUUGAAGCCGCUGCCUCCCUGUGGGGACAAAGUGAGACAAAGGAUGGAGACAGGGCUUCGAGGGAGGCCGUGCAUCAGCCACGCAGUCAAACCUGCAGUCCUCACAGCCCGCGGAGCCCCAGGACGCCUCAGAGGACCCCCCAAACCCUCAGACGGAGGGGGGCCAAGCUCCCUCACUCUGAUAUGGACCGCUGGGUGGAGGAGCAGCAGCAGUGGGUGGCUUCUAAAACCGUGUCCAGAGCUGAUGGUGUCACCACAUACCAUCAGCUUUCUCCCCCCCGGCAGGCUGCAGAUGAUGCCGCGCUGAGCUGUGGUGACGCCGGGACUGUGCAGACGAACUCAAAGAUCCCUCACAUCUCCAGGGUGGUGAACAUUGCCAACACUGCUGCGAUGUCCUUUUUGGCCAGGGCAGCCGAGAAGCUCAACCUGACGCUGAGGAAGAAGGGCCAGGCUUCUGAUCCAGCUCCCUCUCAUUUCUCCACCUGCUUCAGGGAGAUCAUCCAGAAAAACCCACCACCCGUCCCCUCCUGCCUGCUGCAAGCUGCCACGAGAACCAAAGACUCACCCAAUGUUGGCAAGGUCAAAGUCGUGCUGAGGGUGAGCCCAACGCUGUCACAGGGCCAAGGCCAACCACCUGUUCUGUGGAUUGACCCAUCCAAGAAGAGAGUCACCAUAAUGGAGCCAGUCACCAAAAGCCAACCAUUCACCACAAUGACUCUGGGCAGGGACAGCAAAGGUCUUCUGAAGACCUUCAACUUUGACGCUGCCUAUCCUCAAGAGUCAAGCCAGGCCGAGGUGGGUGCAGGCGUCUUGGCUGACGUCAUCCGCUGUGUGCUCAGCGGCAGCGAUGGAUGUGUUCUGGGUUUGGGAUGUGCUGAUGUGGGCUCCUGGUCCAGCAUGGUGGGGAGCAGUGAGAACAUCCAGAAGCUCGGGGUGAUUCCUUGUGCCAUCUCCUGGCUGUACAGCGCCAUCGAGCGACGCAGGGAGAAGACCUGGACCGACCUGACCGUGUCGGUGUCGGCCAUAGAGCUGUGCUGCGGGGAGGAGGAUACGCUGAGGGAUCUGCUGGGGGAGGUGGUCCCCUCAUCAGGCGGCAUCCAGGACAGCCCGAAGGCUCGGAUUAGACUCCAAGACGACCCAGUCUAUGGGAUACAGCUACGUAACCACAACCGAGUGAAGGCUCCCACUGCUGAGCGGGCGGCUUCCCUCCUGGAUGCGGCCAUAGCAGCCCGUCGACACAGUGACUUUGUUACGUACUUGUCCCACAGCUCCAUAAUGUUCUUCACUCUUCACGUCCAGCCUCCUCGUACAGAAAGCAGCACCAUCGGAAAAGGUUCACGUGGCCCCACUAAGUUGACCAUGAUAGAUGUGUGUAGUGGUUUGAGGGGGAUUAACAAAAAUAAGCCUCCUCAUGCUGAACUGGGCCCGAUUGUUGUGUCUCUGCUAAGUGGACAUAAAACCACCCCAAGCAAGGCCAGUAAGUUGACCAUGCUCCUUCGAGAAUCACUGGGUCAUGCAAAUUGCCACACCGCAGUGAUCGCUCAAGUUGCUGAUUCACUGGCAAACCUUCAAGAGACCUUCUCUACCAUCCAGCUGGCUUCUCGCAUUCGCAGGACACAGAAGAGGACAAAGCAAUCCACCUCAUGUUCUCCGUAUGGGAGGAGUCUGACCAAAGACAAGAAAGGGCCUCAGUCUUUCUCCCUGCGGGCGUUUCACUCCACCGAUGAGGUUGAUGUUGACAUGCGUCCUUUCCGGCUGCGUGGUGAACUGGAUGAACGUUCCAGUAGUGACCAGUCCUGUGACACAGUCAUCCAAAUAGACUGCGAUGGUUUGGUUCACUCCAAAGCAGCCCCAAGGCAGGUGCAACCAGAGUUUGUGCCCAUCAUUCCUUCUUUGCAUCCUAACAAGGCUGAUUUGGAUGACCCGGAGUUCACCGCUCUCCUUCAAGAGCUUCUGAGAAUUCCUCAGCUGCAGGGAGAAAAGAAGACAGAAGACACUGUUCAGGGACAUAUUGAAGCUUUAAAAACAGAGAGGAAGCAGCCAGAGAGGGACUGUCUUAAAUGUGACACUUUUGCUGAACUUCAAGAGCGUUUGGGUUGUAUUGAUGGAAGUGAGGUCAUGGACAUACUCAAGUCUUCCUCAAAAGCUGCAUCUCUUAAUAAUACCCCAACUAAAUCGCAACCCCAGAAAGAAACAGGGAAACAGGCAGAUGCUGGAGCAUCCGAACCACCACAAACAUUGUUGAAUCAAGGGUCAGGUUGCAGCCAGACCUCUGUAGGAGAAAAGCAAACAGAUGGUGCUUUCCCUGGAGACACUUUUCAGAGAGAGGAUUCAGGCUUGUAUGACUGUGAGGAGUGUAGUGCAACCAGUUCCAGUGAGGAGCUGCUGAAUCAAACUCUCAGUCGCAACAAGACCGGUCGUUCUGAGCCUCCAAAAACUGGAACUUGCAAAUCAGGUGAUGAGCUCUCUUCACAGGGCUUUAAUACAGAUGCUCAGGGCAGUUCCCUUGCACAUCAGCCUUCAGGAAAACAGGAAAGUCCUGAAGCUGCUGAAUGGUUCAAACCAGACAAAAGGGCCUCACCAGUUGGCAAGAGCACCCCCAUAUCUCCUUCCUCCUCCUGCUCGUCUUCAAACACUUUGGUUAAAAGUGUGAUACUUGGAGAUGUGUUACACAAUCGCCCCAAAGAGGACAUUAAGGAAAUGAAAGCCACUAUUACAGUGACUGUUCAACAGCCACUGGACCUAAAAGGUCAAGAUGAACUUGUCUUUUCUAUGGUGGAGGAGGUGACCAUCAGUGGAGCGUACGACAGAGGGAGGACAGGCGGAAACAUUAUUUGUAUCAGAGAUGCUGCCCAGUCACAGGCACAGGCUGAAGGCUCUGCCAGCUCACAACCUAUCAGGAUAAUCAGUAACGUCAGUGAAGAAUCUGCUGCAGCUUCCUCCACUGCAACUAAAAGCUCAGAUAUUCAGCCUGAAGCCACGAAGGCUAGCAAUGAAAAGCCUCAACAUCAAUACAGAAGGGAAAAAGGGUUCUUGCCUUCAUUCAUAAAUCACAUGUUGAUUGACAUGGAUGUGGACUGUGAUUUGGAUGGUGCCAAAGAAUUAGAAAGUCGUCAUGAAACUGAGCUCAAAAGAAAUAAUGUCAAACAUCCAGAAAGCAGGAAGGUACCUGAGAAGAAGAACGGGACACACGUUGAAAAGUCUGACAAGGCUUGUUACUCUUCUUGUAGCCAAAUUUCUUACAACCCAACUGUCUUGGAAGAUUUAAGUUUCUGCAACAAACCUGCAGAAAGCAAAAUGUGUGAAAAGAAACAUACAGACAAGCGACACCAUAGAGACGGUGAGCAUGUUUAUUCCACUUCGAGGGUCUCAGAGGGGGGAGAAGUCGUUUGCAGACAUGUUGGGAAUCCCCCCAGGGGAGUUGGUGUUUCACCUGGUUGCCACGAAACCAUCCUCGCUUCCUCUAAAACAGGCAGUUUACCUCGAGGCUGGCAAAAUGCCAACCGCCAGGAUGGCUACCUUGGCUUUCACAUGUUAGACGACCACAGAGACUCAAGGGGGGUGACAUCAUCCACUCCUUGUAGCCCCGGGGUUACUCUGGAGAGGAGGCAGGGCAGACAGCACUCCCCUGCAAACCACAGCCUCCAUAUUGCCUCUCCUAGAAAACAUGGAGCGGAAUUCAAACAGGACUCCAGUGGUGCUCUCAGAAAGGGUGUCGGGUCUUUGUUUGAGAUCUCAAGUCAAAAAAUGAAACAUGAUAAUACAGCCGGUAACGAGGAGAGCGGCAGGCUUUUCAAUGCCAAACUGGAGCAGCUGGUUAGUAGGACUAAUUCACUUGGGAGAAGCCCGAGAGACUUCCCAACUCUGCAAAGAGGCAGCAGCAACACUUCAAUGAGCUCUAAGGGGAGCUCCAAGGGAAGUAUUGAAGGGGCUUGUAAGGCAGGUCAUAAAGGCAAUAAUGAGCGAGACUGUACCUUUCCAAGAGCCAGCAGAAGCCCAAGGAAAAAUCCUCGUUCUGACCAGAGUCACCACUUCUUCCCCUCUGAAAACCCAGUAGCUCAGUCCGGUAGGCAUUCUAAACUGUCUGCUGUUGGGAAACUUAAAAUGGCCGGCCCCAAAGUGCGUCGCCUGUCUGCGCCAAGCAUCAAGAACCUCAGCAUGUCCCACAAAAACCUGCAGCAGUCUAUCAACCGCAGCGCCAGUCUUUCCCCAGACAGUAAGUCGGUUAGCUUUGAGCGGACGUCCUCCUUUUUCUCCUCCUCCCCUCCUCGGUCUUAUCACUCCAUCAGUCGGACCCCGAGUCAGAGCUCCACGUGUUCAUCCACAAAAUCUGCCAUCCAGGGGUUUGUCAACGGUCGGAUCUCAGACCUCCUUAAAGAAAGGGCCUCCAGUCCGACAGCAGCAGGAGGCCCGGACCAAACGGCCGCGCUCCCCUCCCCGUACAGCCAGGUCACGGCCCCCCGCAUGCCGGAUCACAUGAGUGGACACGCCAGCGACACCACCAGCGUGUUGAGUGGGGAUCUUCCACCGGCGAUGGGGAAGACGUCGCUGUACUUCUCUAACAGGAACAGUUUGGUGAGCAGCGGCUACGACAGCAUGGUGAGGGACAGCGAAGCCACAGGAAGCAGCACCUCGACCAGAGACUCAGUCAGCGACAGGAGCGGCUCUCUGCUCAGUGUGGCUCGCAGCAGCCGAUCAUCCCGGAGACGAGGCAACACAGGUACUCAACAGCGCCGUCUUUCCCACGAUGCACCUCCGACCCUGAAGCGCUCCACCAGCGGUCUGCGAUCUCGCUGGAUGGAUCGAGGAAUCCCAGAGGCCUACGAGAUCAAGGUCUAUGAGAUCGACAAUGUGCAGAGGAUGCAGAAAAGAGCAGGUGCUGGCAAACAGGGGCCUGCAUGCUUCAGUGCCAAGCUGAAGUUUUUGGAGCAUCGUCAGCAGAGGAUCUCAGAGGUCCGAGCCAAAUACAACAACCUGAGGAGAGAGCUGGAGGAGGUCAAACACGACCUCAUGCUGGAGCCCGACAAGUGGAACCAAGAGUUCGACCUGUGGCAGACGUUCGAGGUGGACUCUCUGGAGCACCUGGAGGCCCUUGAGGUGGUGACGGCCGGUCUGGAGAACAGAGUGAACCUCUGCAAGGCCAACGUCAUGAUGGUCACCUGCUUCGACGCCACAACCAGGAGACGACAUAAGAAGCGACGACGCAAAACGCCAGAGCAGAGAGCCUUGAAGAUGAAAAAUAGUGAAUAUUAA